UUUCAAAAGUAAACCAAGAAAAGGUCUUCAGGGUCAAUAGGCAUUGGGGAUGUAAGUCUUCAGAAAUUAGGUUUUCAGGGAGGACUCUUUUCUCUCUUAAAAUCCUUCCUCCUUUUUUAGAAUUUUGCUCGCCAAUUUUACCCAAGAACAACUUGAACGUUAUGAAACGAUGAGACGUGCCAGUUUUCCAAAAUCUGCGAUUCGACGGUUGAUUAGUCAAUUUGCUGGUGUUUCUGUUGGUCAAAAUGUUGUUAUUGCGAUUGCCGGUAUGGCGAAAGUGUUUACUGGAGAGUUGAUUGAAGAAGGUUAUUUUUAUUUUUUUCUGAUUUUUUUUGGUUUCCCCAAUCUCAUCGAACCUUUCAAGUGGAUUAUUGGAAGGGUUGGUACUUUCCAGUGGGUCUUUGGGUUCUGCCAGUCUCGGUGAACUUUUUCAUUUUGACAUUUUUUCUUCCUUAUGC